AUAAACCAAAACACCUGCAUUAUAAAAAGCAAUCCACUUAGAUACAAAUAAACCGAGCUACUGAAGAAGAUAUCAAGAACUAAGAAAACAGAAUGACAGAGAAGAAAAAAGAGAAACAGAAGUGCGUGUGUCACACGCCGAGGAGCCUGAAAGCGAUUUCUUUCCACUCAGACGUGAAGGGUCGUCUGAUAUCGCUGAGUGACGGUGACCGCCGGGUGACCAGGGACGCGUCUUCAUUCUGCCACGGGCUGACGUUUAGCGGGCGCCCGGUGGAGAGAGGGGAGAAGGUGCGCCUGCGGGUCGAGCGCUCGGACGGACACUGGCACGGAGCGCUGCGGCUCGGAUUUGCUAAUGUUUCACCCGAGCAGACACCUCUAGCCCCUCUGGCCAUCCCAGACCUGACCGACUCUCCUCUGUACGCGGCAGUAGUGGUUCCCGAGCACAUCUGUCGCGCUGGCUCAGAGGUUCACUUCUGGCUGAAGAAGAACGGCAGUCUAAGGAUACGAAGCUCUAAAGGCGGAACACACACGGUACCAACAACCCUGAACCCCGCGUGGCCCGUCUGGGCGAUGAUUGACGUGUACGGGCAGACCACUGCAGUCACGAUGCUUGGUUCCAAAAUGAAGCGCUGGAUCCUCACCAGUAGGUCCUGUCCUGCUCGCACGCACAUCAAACACACUGAAAAGAAAGAAACGCUGGAAAGAAAGAAAGACGUGAGCAUGCUGGGACAGAGAAACCUGAGAAACCAUCAUCGUGACAACACGGAUCAUGAAGCUCCAGACUGUGAGGAGUGUGUCGUGUGUUACAGCGAUGUGGCAAACUGUCGUCUGAGCUGCGGUCAUAAAUGUGUGUGUACUCCGUGUGCCAUGAGGGUUCACAUGAUGUUUGGGACCUGCCCUCUGUGUCGUCAGCCCUUGGGGUCCUUCCAUCCGUAUGACCACUAGUUUCCAUCCUAGUUCAGCUAAUGGCCAUACUGUUUGUUGAAUGUAUAUUGAAUGUAUUUUAAUUUCAUAAAAUGCUGCUGUAAUGUACAAAUCUGUCACUGCACUGUAAAGAUGCUGUGUUUUUGUUUGUACUCUCUUUUAAAAGUCGCUUUCGAUAAAUUAAUUCACAAAGUGAUGAUAUAAUUCUAUUCUGAAUCAUAUUGAUUAUAUAUUUUAUAUAUGUAGCCUAUAUUUAUACAUAUGCUGAGGUUUUCUGUAAAUAAUAUGUUGUAUGUCAUGUAAAUAUGUAUU